CGACAUCGUCGGCAUCCACGCAGCGUUAGGCGGCCAUUUUAACGCAAAGUGCAAAAGAGAAUCGAUCGUUGUAUACGCCAUGUUUGUGCGCCGUCAACGCCGCUGAAUCGUGUCGGUCUUAUUUCACAGAAAAUUAAAGUAAUGUAAAAUUAAAUAAAUGUGAGAUUGGAAAAUACGCCUGUAAGGUUUACUUGGUGACGAUAGAAGCCUUUCGGAGGUAAUUGUGCAAUAAGAUGGAUGGAAUGGAUUCACACCUGAUUGCACAAGCCCUCAACUAUCAUGGGCAGCAGCUCCAAAAAGUGUGGGAGAGUGAACGUAAUGAAUCCGAGUUGCUUAUGCUGAAUUUAAAAGAGCCAAGCUUUGAAAUCUACCAACAGCGACAAAAAACUUUAAGUUUCAGUGACAGGGGGAAAAGGUUGAAACUGCAGCAGUUUAUUGCUAAGAAAGCUGAUACUUUGUACGACAAGUCUAAUCUUAUUAGAACUGCUGAUCCAAUCAAACAAGAGCUUGGUGAUGAAGAAUUCUAUGCUACUAUGCCUGGUUUGGAUUCAUUUGUUGCGAUGGAAAAAUCACAGCGCAUACGUAACUUUUUAGAGAGCUUAUUAGUUGGGGAUGUAAUUUUUGCACAAGUCAUGGGCAAAAGUGCCGCUGGUCUUUUAUUGAAGGUUUUAUGCAACUGUAGCGAUUUUCCCAGGGUAGUGUCUGAUCUUGGAGUAAAGGCUUUAAUAUUGAACACAGCUACUGUACCAGCAGUGGAUAAAAAAGGUGUAACAAGAGGCUACAUGGCCAAUGAUCUAGUCUGCGUUGUAGUUGGGGAAGUUAAUGUGGAGGCUGAGCGUGUUGUAGCAGUUAUGAAUGUACCUGCUCGUGAAGGUCAAGCUCCUCAUCCACCUAUGGGACUUGUACAUGCUGAAGACCUACCAGAUGCAUACAAGUACCAGACAGUCUGUAACAUAAAUGUCAGUAGUUAAUACGACAAUGAGUUUAAAAUGCUAUAAGAAAGAUUGAAGCAUUGGUUGACACAGCUAUUGUUGUUUUCACGAUCUACCUACAUUUGUGAUAAAUGUAUUAUUUCAAGCACCAAUGAACGUGUCACUAAACACCAAAUGACCUCAAUGUAUUUUGAGAUUGUAUUUCCAGUAUGAAGCGCUGUUUUCGGCUUUUCCGACCUAAUAUAGCGGAUGCUUUAUUUGACAAAUAAAAACGAUGUCAUUUGAUCAUUACUACAAAAAAUGUGCUACGUCUAAAACAUUUUUUUGGUCAACUUGUGGAUGAUAAAAAAUAUAUAUAAAUAUAUUGACGUGGCUUUAGAACCUACCCUAGGGUUAUGCAUAUUAUUUUGUUGCACAAAAAUGAAUUUUAUAUUAAAAAAUAUUAUCUGUAAUCGAGCUAGGGCAGCAUAUGCUUUACUCUCGAGAGAAAAUAUAUUACAGAAAAUUAUAAAUACAAAUGAAACGACUAUCUAGUAUAUACAUCUUGGGGGUAAUUGGAAAGGAAAGCUAUGGACAACAAAGGGCAAAGCUAUGAGACAAUCAUGGAGAAUAGCUCUGGGUUCAACAAUCCUAACAACAUAAAGUAUCUGUCUGAUUUAUUGGGUCUUGGUCAACUCAACUACUCAAAUAUGGUUGGACUAAGAGAAAGGUUUCCACCGAAUGAGUAUGCUAGUGAGCUUAGACAAGCACAGGCUAGCAAAUGGGCAUUUCGCAGUGUCGCCGAAGGUAUUGAUCACUUCAAAGCUGGCAGGCAUUCGGAGGCAUUCCAGUGCUUGAAUAAAGCCCUCACAGUCGAUCCACGCAAUGUCGAAGGUCUCGUAGCUAGAGGUGCACUAUAUGCGAACAGCGGCAGUUUCAAGAAAGCCAUAGACGACUUUGAGACGGCGUUGAAGCUCAACCCAAGUCACGCAAACGCGCGCAAAUACAUGGCAGAGACACUGGUAGCGCUGGGUCGCAGCUACGAAGAUGAAAAGAAGUACGAAGAAGCGCUAAAGGCUUACGAAAACUGUUUGAGCAUAGCGCCGUACCACGAGGAGGCCAAGAACUCGAUAGAGUAUAUCAAGGGCAAGACAAACCUGUCCUCAAAUCUGCCGACAGUGACGAACUCUUCGACAGUCGCAGUAGCUGCGGCUGCGGCGGUGGCCUUAGAGCCAUUCAAGGCCUUCGAGAAUGAAGCUGCCGAGGCCGAGGCUAAACGCGAGAAGAAGAAGCGCAAGAAGGAGCGUAAGGCGCGCUCGAAGAAGCGCCAACGAUGGAGCUCUAGUUCGAGUUCAUCGAGUGGCGGAUCUUCGACCAGUACCAGCAGCUCCGACUCGUCAGGUAGCUCGGGCAGCUCAUCGGGCGGAAGCUCCCGCUCCAACUCGCGGUCACCUGGUCGCAAGCGCAAGCACAAGAAGGACCAUCAUGGAUCCUCGCUUUCGCCACUGUCUAAGCGCAUGGCGCAAUACAACAAUCCGCCCGCGACUGCGACUGCUGCUGCCGCAACCGGCGGACACCUCUCUGUUAGUAGUCACGAUAUGCUCGCACCUAGUUUAUAUAGUUCAAACUCACGGGAGAAAGAGGAUUACGAGCUGAAAGUGCGUAAGUUCCUUGAGCAGACGAAAGACGACUCCGACUACGAAGAUAAGGUCAGAAAGUUCCUUGAAGAGACAGCGAGGUGGAAACGAGAAAAGGAGAAGGAAAAGAAACACGUGGAGGUUGAGAAGAAAGUAAAGAAAAAGAAGAAGGAGAAGAAAAUCAAGGAUAAGGAUAAAGAGGAGAAAAAGUUGCGCAAGAAGAAAAAGAAAGAGGAACGUAAGAAACGCAAAAACAAGGACAAACUUGAGCGCGACUUGCAGGAAUCUUUACCAGAUCUUGAUCAGCUUCAGUCAAAACUUAGUGCCUAUUAUGCAAAGGUUGAAAAAGAGACAGCCGUCAUUAAAAGGUAUGUAGAUCAGUAUAAUGACAUGCCUUCCCCUCUUAGUAAUGCUGAAAAACUUUCCGAGUCCAAUCGCCGAGAAGACGAUAUGCGCAGAGAGAAAGAUAGAGAUGACGUUUUUAAGACGUAUCACGACAGAGAUCCCAGGCUAGCCUUACCCCCGCAGAGGAAAGAAGUACAACGCAAGCCGUUCUCAGAUAUAUUUGAGCAGGAUUCGCAGUUGAUUCAUCCGGAACCGAAGCCUCCAGCUUUAGACACUGUUGCGCUAAAUGCCAAGUGGAAAGCCGUGCAAGCCUCUAGGCAACGAGAACCACUACAACAAAAAUGGCAAGAGUUGCCAGCGGAGAAGAAAUUAAAGAAUGCACUUGAAAGCGAAGAUGAGGAGCUUGAGAUUCAGCGGCCUCUCGACAAGUCGCUCAAUAUUCGUAAACACAUGCAACGCGAGAUAGCGGAGAAACGUGCCAUGCAACAAAUGGCAGCUCCCGCGCCACCGCCUGUUCACAAAGAUUCGCCGCAUAAGAUACAGCAGCAACAGUCUCAGAUGCCAAUAAAGUACCCAACACCUCAACCGCAAAACAAGUUCCAGAGCUACAAAGACUCGUCGAUGAUGCAGCAGCCACAGCAGUCGCCUCAACAGACGACCAAGUAUUCAACCCUUGGCCACAAGUUCCAGCCAAUCGGCCAGGCCAGCGACUCCAAGUCCAAGGGCGCCUCGCGCUCUGACUCUGAGAGCGACCGCGAGCGUGGUCGACGUGUCAUCGCAGGACCUCAGGGCAGUCAUAAACAGCCGCCACCGCCACACCACGAUCAGAGACACUCGCGGUCUCGCUCACGUAGCGGCUCCAGCUCUGGCUCGUCGCGCUCGCGACACUCGGUCAGGCGUUCGCGCUCCCGGUCCUAUUCGAACCGCAGGUCUGGCAGCUACGAGCGAAAGUACAGCCGUUCACCAUCGGGUACCUACUCUGGUAGAUCUCGUUCGCGAUCAGGUGGAAGAUCUAGAUCUAGGUCCUACUCUCGUUCGCGUUCGCGCAGUCCUGAUCGUGGCUACUACCGUAAGCGAUUCAACAAUCGUCCGUUCAACAACCGCGGCACCUAUUACAAGCCGCGCUUCCAGCCGUUUAACAAUCAAAACCGCGGCCGUGGGGACUUCCGCAAUCACAAUAACCAGAAUCGCUUCAACAAUCAAAACAAUUAUAAUAAUCGAUACAACAAUCGGCGUGGAUUCCACCACAAUCAACGUGGCGGUCACAUGAUGAAUCACGGUCGAGGCGGUCGUAUGAACAACCGCGGUGGCAGGUUCUUCCACAACAACCGGCAGCACAACUUCCGGGAUAACUUUAGAGAUCGCAGGGACUUCCGAGACAGACGACCAGGUUCGCGCGAUCGUUACAGCGACAGAAGCUACUCGCCAGAUCCAAUGCGCAAAGUCGACGAAGCCAAGGAGAAGAUCAAUAAGAUGAUCGAAGAGGGCGGAGAGAGGCCACGCUCGCGCGACAGAUCUUCGCGAUCACGAUCAAGAUCGAGGUCGCAUUCGCGCUCGCACAGUCGAGGCCGAGGCAGGUCGAGGUCUCGCGACAGGGCGAGAGACCGUUCGCGCUCGAGGUCUAGAGACCGUGGAGAUCGAGAUCGAGGCAGGGAUCGUUCAUCCGGUGACCGAGAGAGGAGCGAACCGCCAGUACCUCCGAUGUCGCCUGCGGGAAAGAGACGCGGCGAGUCCAGAGGCCGUAGCGAAGAGGAAGAUGACUACGAACGUUGGGGCGAGGGAGAGGAGGUUGACGGAAAGAGCAAGGAGGAUUUGGGUACAGCUGGAGACGACAUAUUACCGGAAGAGAAGGACGAUUUUAUUCAGCGUAUGAAGCAGCGCAGUCAGAACGUUCUUAUUAAGAGAGCUAUCGAGGCGAGAACAUGGUUUAGGCCUGCUUCACCUUAGGAUACAAACUGUUUUCAUCAAAAAGACACCGUUUAUCGGCCAAGAAAGGACAAUUGUGUACUGGCUCUGUUACAGUAUAUCAGCGAUGACUCUUUUACCCGAUGCAUUUCUACAUCAGCGAGCAGCCACUAUUCGACAAACGAGAAUUAUAAAAAUGCGCGAUUGGCCGCGCGCUUUGUCAUCUAUAUUCUUUUCAAUUUACUGUACAAUGGACUCCCAGUAGUCCGUUCUCACGACAAUUCAAUCAUUUCGUUGUAAUUACAUAUUAAUGUUUAGGUAAAUAAACAAUGUAUUUAUCUUAUUUCAUAAUCGAUUUAUUUUAAAUAAUAAACUCGUCGUCAGUGUAACCAAGA